AUGGUGAACAACAAUGGUAGUCAGCGUACUCACGACUCGCAACACAUGGUUCAUGGCACGGCGGGGAUGACCGCUCUGUACAUCGGCAUGAUCAUCUCGUGCAGUUUCCUUCCUUCUCUGGCGAUCAACAAACUCAGGGAGAAGAACACCAUCGUCGUCUGCAUGCUGUGCUUCCUGCCCUACAUGGCCGUGCAGAUGUACCCCAACGUCUUCCUGCUGGUGCCUUCGGGCUUCCUGCUGGGCCUCGCCGCCGGGCCCCUGUGGUCAGCCAAGUGCACGUACCUCACCAAGGGUGGCACCAAGUACGCCGACAUGCAGAACAAAGAAAGGAAACUGACUAUUAACCGGUUUUUCGGGAUCUUCUUCCUGUUUUUCCAGUCGACGCAGGUGUGGGGCAAUGUCAUCUCUUCUACAGUGUUGUCCGUGGGCAUCGAAGAGGAACACAAAACAGAAGAAGAUUUGAUGGUGUGCGGGUACCACUUCUGCCCGUGGGAUGAACACGCCCAUACCACGAGUACUAACAACUCCUCUGAUACCAAAGAAGUAAUCCCACAAUGGCAACGGUACACUAUGUCCGGGAUUUAUCUUGGAUUUGUCGUCUUCUCUGCUCUUAUCGUCCUGAUAUUCGUUGAUCCGCUCGAGAGUUUCGAUAAAGGGCAGAGGUUGGAGGUGAGCAACAAACAGCUGAUCGCCAACACCUUCAACCACGUGCGUCACCCUUAUCAGCUGCUGAUUAUUCCCCUGACAAUCUGGUCCGGGGUCGAGCAGGAGUUCCUCUCUGCGGACUACACUGCCGUAAAACACAGACCAGAAACAGUAAAGGGACAACUAAAGCGAAAAAUAAAACAAAACAAUUCUUGUCUCAUCAACGCUGGUCUCCUGUCAGUCCGCGACACGCCAGCUAUCUCUGCUGUCCUGAAGUGUAGUGAAUCUCUCCAGGUCCUCUUUAACAGCAACGAUGACGCCUACGUCUCGUGCGGCCUGGGCGUGCACAUGGUGGGCGCCACCAUCAUAUGCUACGGAGUCUGCGAUAUGGUGUGCAGUCUGGGCUUCACUCCCCUCGUCCGAAGGUUCGGCCGCGUCCCCGUCUUCAGCCUCGGUGCCGCUGUUAAUGUGGGCGUCAUCAUCACCCUGAGAUACUGGACGCCGAGACCCGAUGACUUCGUGCUGUUCUUCGUCCUGGCCGGGCUGUGGGGCGUGGCGGACGCCGUGUGGCAGACGCAGAUUAAUGGUAUUCCUGCAGCGUCUGAAGCUUCCUUCAGCAACUACCGCCUGUGGGAGUCCCUGGGCUUCGUCAUCGCCUACGCCAGCAGUACCGUCCUCUGCGUGGACUCGAAGGUCACCGUCCUCUUGGUGUUCCUCCUGCUGGGGAUUGUUGGCUAUUACGUGAUCGAGGUCGUUGAGAGACGCGGAGGCUUGAAGAAGGACAGGGAGGGGCGGGUCAGUUAUUCAGACGUGACGCAGUGGCAGACGCUGGCCCUCGAUCAAGAGCUGUGCAAGCAGGGCGCCGCAAGGGCUUCGCUGUGCAAUGACAGCUCUGUCAAAGCCUCGAGAUAA